AUGGCACAUAGCUCGAUCGAUCAAGUGGAAGAUCCUCCCACCUAUAGUCACGAGAAGAAAAAUAAAAAUGGGGAAACGCCUCCGAUGUAUGACGAUCCAUUUGGGGAUGAAGAGUUCGCAGAGGUGAAAUAUCGUACCUUGCGCUGGUGGCAAUUCAUGAUCGCCGAGACUAUUUCGCUGGGCAUUUUAUCACUCCCUUCGGCCAUGGCGGCGCUCGGCCUUGUUCCGGCUGUGAUACUCAUCAUAGGCCUCGGCUUGGUAGCUACGUACACAGGAUACGUUCUCGGCCAGUUCAAGCUGCGAUAUCCCCACGUGCAUAGUAUGGCGGAUGCUGGUGAAAUCUUGUUGGGCCGAUUUGGUCGCGAAUUGCUGGGCACUGCCCAGUUGGUCUUUUUGAUCUUUAUCAUGGGUAGUCAUAUCCUAACUUUCACUGUCAUGAUGAAUACUUUAACCAAGCAUGGUACUUGCUCCAUUGUGUUCGGGGUGGUCGGCUUAAUCCUGUCUUUCGUCUGCACUUUGCCUCGGACGCUGAAGAAGGUAUCCUGGCUAUCGAUUUCCUCGUUCAUCAGUAUUAUAGCGGCCGUUCUGAUCACCAUGAUCGCUAUUGGAAUCCAGCGACCAGGCGACGGACAUAUCGAUGUGACCGUCGAUACCAGUUUAUACAAGGGCUUUUUGGCCGUGACAAACAUCGUCUUCGCUUAUGCUGGCCACGUCGCUUUCUUUGGUUUUAUCUCUGAGAUGGAAACACCGACAGAUUAUCCCAAAACCCUGUACCUGCUCCAGGCAACUGAUACAACCAUGUAUACCGUCACGGCUUUAGUCAUCUAUCGAUAUGGCGGCAAAGACGUGUCAUCCCCCGCGCUGGGAUCGACUAGUCCAUUGGUCUCGAAGAUCGCCUACGGAAUCGCCAUUCCGACGAUCAUCAUUGCCGGCGUGAUCAACGGCCAUGUGGCGUGCAAGUAUAUAUACGUCCGUCUCUUCCGCAAUACAGAUCGCAUGCACAAGCGGAAUCUGGUGUCUAUAGGGUCAUGGAUUCUGAUCGGGUUGGUGCUGUGGACGCUCGCAUGGAUCAUUGCCGAGGCGAUCCCAGUAUUCAACAACCUGCUGAGUUUGAUAUGCGGACUAGGAUUGUACGUAUCGGGCAAAGCCAUCCACGACGAUCCAAGCAACGCGAGUUUCUCCUGCGCUAACAAUGCCUGA